UAAUUUCUAAGCCCAAUUGCUUAUAAAACUCUCAACCCACUAUCAAACAAAACCCUAAAACUCUUAGCCUUUCAUUCUUACGCCACCUUCAUUCUCACUCCAACCUUCUUUUCCUCUUUCACAGUACUUCUUUCCUCUAAAAAACUUGUUCUCAUUUCUCUAACAAGUAAAGGUUUUCAAUAGUUUAGGAGAUUAUUCUUAUUUUGAGCUGCAUAAUUCGAGAAUUGCAAAGAAUGAAGCAAUGGAAUAUAUUUGGGGAUUUUUUUUUUAUUUCAUAGUGAAAUUAUAAUCGUUUAUUGAUUUUUUUUUUUUUAUUGAUAAUGUUUACUGAAUUGUGACAAAUCAAUAUAUUGAGGUUUAUAGAAAUUAAUUAUGUAGUUAAAAUUGUAUUGCAAUUUAGUUUUAACUUUGGGAAAUAAUUGAAAUAAGAACUGGGUAUCCGGUCUUGGAACCAGUUCCUAUCAGUUCCGCCACUACGGGACCCGGUUACAACCAGUUCCAGUGCUGGUUCCAAAAUCUCGGACCCGGUUAUAACUGGGUUUGAUUCCGGGUUCAUUAAAAUUGACCGGGUAUUCGAUUUUGCUCACCCCUACCUGUAACCCAUUUUUUCAACCUAAAACUAUUUAUAUUACUCAUUACCCGAACAAGAUCAGAGCUAAAGUAUCUAGAACACGAAAACUCAACCUUAUCUAAACGACUAGAUUGUCACCUUUAAUCGCUAGCUAGUAGCUACCCAUUUCCCUAAAGUUAAAUUGUUGAUGUAACUUCCAGGAAAUAUGUACGAAGCAGUAAAUUGCAUAGGCAAGUUGGGACAGAAGACUUUAAAGGUUGACUCUCCCAACAAAGUUAAUAAUUUAAGCUCAUGUCUUCUACUAAAGUAGUAAUAGAGUCCACUUUUUUUUUUUUCUUUUUUUCUUUUUUUAACUCAAAACUCAAAUAUUCUGCUUCUGUUCUUUCUCUCUCUUCCUCAUCAACCCUUGGGAAGAUACUGAUCGUUUCCAAUGAUUGAAUAUCUUAAUGCAGUAUACACAGCGCUGCUGCUGUUAAUUACAGUAGUCUGUUUGCUAAGAGCAGAACGCUUGGACUUGAAAAAGAUCUCAGAUGGGAUUGGUUCGUUUAAGGAUGCAUUGGACUUCAUUGGCAGUUUACCAUGGUGGAUCCACUUCUACAACAAUCUCAACGCCAACGUGCAAACACUCCAUGAAAGAAGGGACUCGUUACAUGUAAGACUAGAUGAUAUGAUAAAGCAGGUUGAAGAUAAAGAGUUUCAGACAGGAAGGCGGAGAAAAAGAGAAGUUGAUAAUUGGAUAUCUUCUGCUGGAACCAAAUGCAAUGAUGUACAAACGUUAUUGCUACAAGAUAUGUUGAGAGAAACUAAUUAUUUCUGGAAGUUCCUAUAUCGAGCUUGGUUAGGUAAUCUUGUUGAGAGACUGAUUCGAGAGGUGGAUGAUAUUUACAGUUUAGGAGUAUUUGAAGAGGUACUAUCUCCUGUUAGAGAACGAGUGGAAUUCGUGGAAACACUGCUGGUGGGCAAGGCUGCAAAUGAGAAUAGAAGGAGAAUUGUUACGUGGUUACGAAAUGGAGUUACUAAAAUUGGGGUGCAUGGAAUCAAAGGAAUAGGAAAAACUGCUGUAAUGAAAAACAUUCAUAAUCAGCUGUUAGGAUGUUAUGAACAUGUUUACUUCAUUACAGUACCUGAAGAUCAAAAUGAAUAUAAUCUGCAGGCUGCUAUAGCGAAAGAUUUAGGAAUUGACUUGAAGGAAGAGGACUUGCCAAAAAGGGCAGCUUUUUUGCAUCGAGCAUUGCGACAAAGGAACUUUGUGCUGAUAUUAGAUGGCUUGAAGAAAUAUCUCUCGGAAGAUAAGGUAGGGAUUCCGCUUGGUGCAGGAACAGGAAAAAUGAUCAUCACUUCACGAUCUCCUGAUGUGUGUCGAAAAAUUGGGUGCCAGAACAAUAUAAUAACAAUCGAUCCACUUCCGUAUGAUGAAGCCUUGGAUCUAUUUAAUCAGGUGCAACAAGCAUUCGAGCUUAAGCCUCCAAUAGAAAAAGUAGCCCAAAAAAUUGUUGAGCAAUGUAGGGGUGUGCCUCUCAAAAUUGUCGAACAGGCAACAAAUCUAAGAGGAGAAGAUGACAUUGAUGCCUGGGAGAAUUGUCUAAAUGAGAUGUUAAAAGCAUAUGAAUGACGACACGUUACUUGUGUGUAAAGUUGAAAAGAAAGUUCAUGCUUAUGUUGAUAGUAAUAACACUAUACUCUGAUUCUUUGAAGUAGGUGUUAUAAACGUUCAUUUCAAUUUAAGAGCAGUUGUGACCGAAAUUUUAUGAAAUAUUGAGGCGAGGUUGCAGUUAUUUUAAGCA